AUGAAGCUGGCGGAGAUAUACGAGAUAUUGGGUGAGACGAGGCGGGCGUUGGAUUUAGUUUACGAAGUUAUCGACUCGCGGAAGAAACGGAAAGCGGCUUCCCAACAACAGCAGCAGCAGCAGCAGUCUACACCCGACCCUUCCUCCUCUGCUCCCAACGCUCAACAACAGCCAGGGUCCGGUGGUGGACUUUUCCCUGAACCCAAAAAACCACUCACUACCACCACCUCCACUUCAACUACUUCGUCGGCGCACCAACGCGCCCAAAACAGGCUUACGCAUGCGCAGUUGAGGGAGUUGGAAGCUGAGAAGGAGAGGGAGGUGAGGAGGGGGUUUGGGAGGUUGAGGGAGUUGUGGGGGGCUAUGCUUGGUGGUGGUAUGUUGGGUGGUGCAGGUGAGGGUUUGAGCGGUGGUCCGGGUAGUGGUGGUGGAGGUUCGGGUGGCGGAGGUGGAGGUUCGCAGGAAGGGGAACGAGGACGACGAGUCGGGGAAGCAGGAGAGGGAGGGGGAGGGGGAGCAAGCGAACGAGACGGGGAAACUAGGAAGGAGAUGACCCAAGAAGAAGCUGAACGGCUCUGGAUACUCGAAGCUGAGAAACUUGUGGAUAUGUUCCGGGAGACUAGGAAUUUGUUUUUGACUUCUCGGGCCAACCCAUUCAGAGGCAUGUUCCCCCGCAGUGGACGCAAGAAGCGCGAGAGGCAACGGACGGAGGUUGAGGAGGACCAGAUGGCUUCGCGGUUGCAGUUGGAUUUGGAACGAGACACCCUCGCUCGAACUCAGAAAUCGAAACAACAAGCUUCGGAUAAGGGCGUGGAUAAUUUCAGGGGUGUGUCGUUUGAUGAGUGGUUGAGGAUGAUUUUCCAGUACUGCUUCGUGCUUACCAAACGCGACCAAUUCGAUCUGGCGGAUGAGAUUCUGCGGCAUAUCCUUGUUUCGAAUGCGUACCAGGCGCAGGAGAGGCAGGAUGCGAUUCGGAUUGCGUUGAUCACCUGCGCCCUCCACGCCCACUCGCACCCUACCAUCGUCGACCAAUGCCGCAAGUUGAUCACCCGCUACCAGUUCAAUAACGAGCCUUUGCGAUUGUUGUUGGCUAGUUUGUCGAGUGGGUUGAGGCCUACUGAUGCGUUUAUUACGAGUACGCUGCAGAAGCAUUUGUUUAGACGACCGAACGAGCCACGAAAGGCGAAGCACGAUGAAUGCUAUGCUAACUCGCUUUUCUCUUCCCCAUUCCCCUACCCCCAUCGUAUCGUAUCGUACAGGGAAAUGAAACUGGCAGACGUGGCAGUCCGCAAACCCGAACUCUUGAAAUGGAAUGCGUUGAAUAAGCGGUAUGCGUAUGUGAGUGGGGCGGGGAAGGUGGGUGGCGGGUCCAAGGGGGAUUCUGCUGAUCCUGACCCCGACCCUGAUCCCGAUGGGGAUGAGGACGAGGAUGAGGAUGAGGUGGAUGUUGAGUCUGUGGCUGCGUCUGUUAGUGGUGGGGAGAGGAAGGGCGGUGCGGGGUCUGGGGCGGGGGUGGGGGUGGGAGGUGCUGGGUCGGGACUAGGAGGUGCGGGCUCGGUGGUGGGAGGUGCUGGGGGAAGUGGAUCGACGGGAACGGGGAGUGGAUCGACUACAGGAGGAGCAGUGGGAGGGCCACCUGAUUUGCCCACGAAACAGAACCCUGUUCUUGUGGCGAUUUAUGGGCAGAUAUGUAUUGCUGCGAAGAGUUAUCAGAGUGGGAUAUUCUACCUCCUCCAUGCGUAUGACUACGCCCCGCACGAUCCCAUGAUCUGUCUGUGUCUCGCAAUUGCGUCGGUUGGAAGGGCGAUGCAGAGGCAGAGUGAUAAUAGGCACCAUUUGAUUGCGCAGGGAAUGGCUUUCCUCUCGCAAUACCGCGCCCUGCGGAGUAAAUCCCCUCGUACGGUGAGGGAGGUGGAAUAUAAUUUUGGGAGGAUUUUCCAUCAGCUGGGGUUGUAUUCGUAUGCUGUGAAGCAGUACGAGAGGGUGUUGGAGUUGGCUGAGCGGGAUGGGGACGACUUGUAUGCGAAAGAAGCGGCGUAUAACCUUUCGUUGAUUUAUGUCUUCACUGGUGCGACGCCGUUAGCGGACAAGCUGUAUCGUCGGUGGCUGUCUUUGUGA